CGUUAUUUGAAAGGACAAACUUUUAAUAAUUGCUGUGUGGGGAUCAAAACACAAUUAUGAUAGCAACUGGGGGAGUCAUAACAGGACUGGCGGCCUUAAAGAGGCAAGACUCUGCCAGAUCCCAGCAUCAUCUCAAUCUCACAACAUCACCAGCAGCUGAAGAAAAAAAACCGGUCAAGCGCCGACCUAGGGCAGAUGUCGUUGUGGUCCGAGGCAAAAUCCGACUUUAUUCCCCAUCAGGAUUCUUCCUUGUUCUAGGAGUGCUCAUUUCAUUCUUGGGGAUUGCUAUGGCUAUCCUUGGAUACUGGCCCCAAAAGGACCCUUUUCUUGAGCAUGAAAGCCACUUGACACUAAACGAGACCGAAGUCAUAGGAAAAGAAGAUGGGAUUAUAAUUCGUUUCUUUGAACAGCACCUCCAUUCUGAUAAGAUGAAAAUGCUGGGGCCUUUUACUAUGGGGAUUGGAAUCUUUAUUUUUAUUUGUGCAAAUGCCAUGCUCCAUGAGAACCGUGACAAGGAGACCAAAAUCAUACACAUGAGAGACAUCUAUUCCACAGUCAUUGACAUACAUAGUCUGAGGAUCAGUGAACAAAAGCAGCUGAAUGGUGCCUACAUGGGCCUAGCAGGAGAGAAUGAAGUCAAGUUCAGUGGAAGCUCUUGUGCAUCCCGGCUGGCUGCAAAUACAAUCGCGCCUUUCUCAGGCUUUGCAAGCAACUUUCGAGUGGACAGCAAUGCUGAGGAGGAAGAAAUUGCUGUGAGUGACAGCAAAAAUGCCAGUAAAAAUGCCAGUAACCUUCUGCCACCUUUACUGACUGAGCGUUCUGGUUCAGUCUUUGGCCUUUAUCCUCAUUCUGGGAAGGCAAAGGAUGACAGAAGCAGUUCUCUCAAAUGUGAAACAAAGUCGAUUGUGUCAUCCUCCAUUAAUGCAUUUACAUUACCUGUAAUUAAACUAAACAACUGUGUUAUUGAUGAGCCCAGUAUAGAUAACAUCACUGAGGAUUCUGCAAGCACUAGAAGCAGGCCUAGAAAUCUGUCCAUGGACUCUUUAGCUGUCCCGUUCACUGAUACCAAUGACAGCUACAAAACUGCCACUGCAUUGAUACCAAGAAACAAUUUAUAUGGAGACUCUUCAUCCAGUCAGUUCCAAUCUUCUAUAACUCUUGGACCCAGUACUGGAAAGCUUUUGUCACCUAGUGCAGCCAGAAAACAGUUUGGGUCCAACACCUCAUUGCAUUUUUUGUCCGCACAUUCAAAAUCCCUAGACUUAGAUCGGGGCCCUUCUACUCUCUCUGUCCAAGUUGAGCAAAGAAAACAUCCAAGUUGGCCCAGGCUGGACCGGAACAACAGUAAAGGUUAUAUGAAACUAGAAAACAAAGAAGAUCCCAUGGACAGGCUCCUUGUGCCAUCUGCCACAGUCAAGAAGGACUUUACUAAUAAAGAAAAGCUUCUUAUGAUUUCCAGAUCUCAUAAUAAUUUGAGUUUUGAACAUGAUGAGUUUUUGAGUAACAAUCUAAAGCGUGGAACGUCUGAAACAAGGUUUUGAUAGUUAGGUGACCUACGUACAAUUCAUAUAUUUGCCAGUAUUUUAUUUUGAAACAUUUU